UGGGGGAGUAUGAGAGGCAGGCGCCCUUGGCCUCUUUAGCUACAGGCUUUGUUUUCGGUUUUUGUUUGUUUGUUUUUCUACCUCUGAAUAUUUCGUAGUUUCUGCUCUGACUUUAUUAAGGAAGAGGGAUAAAGACAGCUUCACAGCAAGAUCGUAAAGGCCCGGGGUCCUCCAGAAACAGAAGAGAAGGGACAAGAACUACCUGGUGAGGAUUAAAAAAAAAAAGGCAAGCAUCUGGACCGCAGAGCAGGCGUAGUUGGAGAAAGAGGGCGCGGAGCAGAGGCUCUGUCACCCUUUACCCAAUUUUGAGAAGAGCUUCUUUUUCCUCCCGGGCAGCACUUGAGGACACUUCGCCGGCCAGGAGCCCAUACAGUUCGACCGCGCACCCCGAGCAGCCAGCUCCAGGCAGCGCGUACCAGUGUCCGCGGAGCAGCGCGCGUGCGCGUACGUUCCGGUCACGCGCGCCGGAGCUCCAAGGGUGGGGAGAAGGAAGGCGGGGGACGAUCCUCCACCUCGCGGCCAGGAGACACCGCCCUCUUCCUUCAUCCUCCCUUCGCCUCUAUACCACAGCAGCCACCCCAGGAGACUAGUCCUCCGGGUUUGAAGCUUCCACCCACUCCUCUCCUCCCCUUCCCCCUUCCUUUCCCUUUGACCUUUCCCUCACUCCUAUCAAGCCAUGGUGUUGGAGUCCGUGGUCGCAGACCUCCUCAAUCGCUUCCUGGGGGACUACGUGGAAAAUUUGGACAAGUCCCAGCUGAAGCUGGGUAUAUGGGGCGGUAAUGUGGCCUUAGAUAAUCUGCAAAUAAAAGAGAAUGCUUUGAGUGAAUUGGAUGUUCCCUUUAAAGUAAAAGCUGGGCAAAUAGAUAAGCUUACUUUGAAGAUUCCUUGGAAGAAUUUGUAUGGGGAAGCAGUCAUUGCAACAUUAGAAGGAUUGUAUCUACUUGUUGUCCCUGGAGCAAGUAUUAAAUAUGAUGCUGGAAAAGAAGAAAAAUACCUGCAGGAAAUUAAACAGAGAGAUCUAUCAAGAAUUGAAGAUGCCUUACAAAAAGCUGCUGAGAAAGGCGUACACUCAGGGGAGUUCAUAUAUGGCUUGGAGAACUUUGUUUACAAGGACAUCAAGUCGGGACGUAAACGUAAAAAGCACAAAAAGUAUUUUAAGAAACCUUUUAAAGGUCUUGAUCGCUCAAGAGAUAAACCAAAGAAAGAAAAAAAGGAUACAUUUUUGGAAAAGUUGGCGACUCAGGUCAUAAAAAAUGUUCAAGUGAAAAUCACAGAUAUUCAUAUUAAGUAUGAAGAUGAUGUCACUGAUCCAAAACGACCUCUCUCAUUGGGAGUGACAUUGGGAGAAUUUAGUCUUUUGAGUGCUAAUGAAAAUUGGACUCCUUGUAUAUUAAAUGAAGCUGCAAAGAUCAUAUACAAACUUGUACGCCUUGAUAGUCUUAGUGCCUAUUGGAAUGUAAACUGUAAUACAUGUUACCGGGGAUCCAAGGAACAGAUAUUGGAUCAUUUGAAAAGUGGAAUCCUUUCCAGUAGCAGUAGAAGUAAAUCUCCAAGCUAUCAAUAUAUUUUCAGGCCAAUAUCAGCCUCUGCAAAACUCUAUAUGAAUCCUCAUGCAGAAACUGAACUCAAAACACCCAAAUUUGAUUGCAAUGUAGAAGUACAGAACAUUGCUAUCGAAUUGACCAAGCCUCAGUACCUCAGUAUGAUUGAUCUUCUGGAAUCAGUGGAUUAUAUGGUUAGGAAUGCUCCAUAUAGGAAAUAUAGACCUUAUUUACCAUUACAUACUAAUAGUCGACAGUGGUGGAAGUAUGCAAUUGAUGCUAUUCUUGAAGUCCACAUAAGACGACAUACACAGAUGUGGUCAUGGAAUAAUAUAAAAAAGCACAGGCAGUUUCUUAAGUGUUAUAAAAAUGCAUACAAAAGUAAACUAACCCAGAGUAAAAUCACAGAAGAAGUACAAAAUGAAAUUCAGGACUUAGAGAAGACUCUUGAUGUUUUCAACAUUGUUUUAGCAAGGCAACAAGCUCAAGUUGAAGUGAUUCGAUCUGGGCAAAAAUUGAGAAAAAAAUCUACUGAUGCAGGAGAGAAGCGUAGCGGAGGCUGGUUUAGUGGCUUCUGGGGUAAGAAAGAAGCUAAGAGAAAAGAUGAUGAAGAAUCCUUGGUUUCUGAAACCAUUGAUGACCUGAUGACUCCAGAGGAAAAGGCAAAACUCUUCACUGCCAUUGGAUAUAGUGACAGUACCCACAACUUAACUUUACCUAAGCAGUAUGUGGCCCAUGUAAUGACACUAAAACUGCUAAGCACAUCUAUUACAAUCAGAGAAUACAGAAAUGUUCCAGAGAUACUUAAAAUACAAAUCAUUGGCUUAAGCACUCAAGCAUCUCAGCGACCAGGAGCACAGGCACUUAGGGUAGAAGCAAAACUGGAACAUUGGUAUGUAACUGGUCUAAUGCAAGAAAAUAUUGUUCCAUCUCUUGUGGCUUCUAUUGGAGAUAGCAGCUCAUCAUUGCUUAAAAUAGAAUUUGAGACCAAUCCAGAGAACAGUAAUGCUGAUCAAACUCUUGUAGUUCAGUCUCAGCCUGUAGAGAUCAUUUAUGAUGCUAAAACAAUAAAUGCAAUGGCAGAUUUCUUUCAAGCAAGUAAGAGAUUAGACCUUGAACAGAUAACAUCAGCAACAUUGAUGAAACUAGAAGAAAUUAAAGAGAAAACAGCUGCAGGACUUACACAUAUUAUUGAAACACGGAAAGUUCUUGAUUUAAGAAUUAAUUUGAAGCCUUCUUACCUCAUAGUUCCAAGGACAGGAUUCCAUCAUGAAAAAUCAGAUAUUCUAAUUUUGGAUUUUGGUACCUUUCAGCUAAAUAGUAUAGGUCAAAGUAAAAGACAAACUACUACUUCAUCUCUCGAAGAAAUAAUGGAUAAGGCAUAUGACAAGUUUGAUGUUGGGAUUAAAAGUGUUCAACUUCUUUUUGCAAGAUCAGGGGAAAAUUGGAAAAAAGCUCGAUUUCAGCACCCAUCAUCUUUGCAUAUAUUACAGCCUAUGGAUAUUCAUGUUGAGUUGGCUAAGUCAAUGGUGGAAAAAGACAUUAGAAUGGCCAGAUUUAAAGUUUCAGGUGGGCUUCCUUUGAUGCAUGUGAGACUAUCUGACCAAAAGAUGAAAAAUGUACUGGAUUUGAUUCACAGUAUCCCCUUGCCAACAAAAUCAAAUGUGCAAUCUCCAGAGAGAAAGGUAGCCUCUAUUCCUAUUAUAUCUGUUGGGACAAAAAGACUACUGGACACUUCACUGCUACUAGAAGAAGUAGAUUCAGAAUCUGAUGAUGAAUAUUUUGAUGCUGAAGAUGGAGGACAACAGACUGGCAGAAGUGUCAAAGGAUCUGAGAUAAAUAAAGUCACAGAACCCCCAAAUGAAGAGCUCAUUGAUCUUCAACUCAAAUUUGAAAUUAAAGAGGUGAUUUUGGAACUUACCAAACAACAGGAAAAAGAAGAUACUAUUCUUGUGUUUAAUGUCCUACAGUUGGGAACAGAAGCUACAGUUCGAACAUUUGACAUGAUUGUAGUAUCUUAUUUAAAGAAAAUAAGCUUGGAUUACCAUGAAAUUCAAGGAUCCAGAAGGAAACCACUUCAUUUGAUUAAUUCUUCGGACACAUCUGGUUUAGACCUUUUAAAAGUGGAAUAUAUCAAGGCUGACAAGAAUGGACCUAGUUUUCAAACUGCUUUUGAAAACACUGAGCAAACAUUUAAGGUGGCUUUUUCAUCUUUAAAUCUCUUACUGCAAACACAAGCCCUUCUCUCUUCUAUUAAUUACCUCAGCACUGUUAUACCAUCAGAGGAACAAACUAAUGCUGAGACAGAGUCACAACUUCAUAGUGAAACGCAUCAGAAAAAUUUAUCUCUGAAGAAAGUGACCACAUCCUCCAAAGAUAAUGAUAUUUUUAAUUUCAAGUUAUUUGCAAAGUUGAAUGCUUUUUGUGUCACCAUUUGUGAUGAAAAACACAAUAUUGCUGAAAUAAAGAUUCAAGGUCUUGAUUCCUAUCUUUCUCUUCAAUCAAAAAAACAGUCACUUUUUGCACGAUUGGAGAAUAUAAUUGUCACAGAUGUUGAUACUAAUACAGUUCAUAAGCAGGCUGUUUCAAUAAUGGGCAAUGAAGUCUUCCGUUUUAAUUUGGAUUUGUAUCCUGAUGCUACUGAAGGAGAUGCUUAUGCUGACAUGUCUAAAGUGGAUGGCGUAGUGUCACUGAAUGUGGGAUGUAUUCAGAUAGUCUAUCUUCACAAAUUCCUCAUGUCUCUCCUGAAUUUCUUGAACAAUUUUCACAUGGCCAAAGAAGCACUGAGUGCUGCUACUGCCCAAGCUGCAGAAAAGGCUGCCACCAGCGUGAAAGAUCUUGCCCAGAGGAGUUUUCGUGUUUCUAUGAGCAUUGAUUUGAAGGCACCGGUUAUAGUUAUUCCACAGUCUUCCACUUCCUCUAAUGCAGUUGUGGUCGAUCUUGGAUUGAUCAGAAUACAAAACACAUUUAGUCAAGUAUCUGGUGAAGACUGUUUACUCCCUCCAAUAAUUGAUAAAAUGGUUGUGCAGCUAACGAAACUUAAACUUUCUAGAACAGUGAUUCAGCCAGGUGUUUCUCAUCCUGACAUUCAACUACUACACCCUAUUAAUUUGAAUAUUUUGGUGAAUCGGAAUUUAGCUGCAGCUUGGUAUCACAGAAUUCCUAUAAUGGAAAUUACAGGGCAUCUCGAUACAAUGAAUGUUGGUCUAAAUCAGGAUGAUUUGAAUCUUCUCCUUAGAGUACUGGAAGAAAAUCUUGGUGAGGCUGCUGAAGGUUUGGAUAAAAUAGAACCAAGAAUACAAGAGAAAAGUAAAAUUAAAGAACCUUUUGAGAAGUUCACAUCACAACAAGGUUCACAAAUAUCACAAGGAAUUCUACCUACUGCAAUUGAAGAAAUUGUUUCAGAAGAUGUCACUAAUGUGCUGCUGAAUUUCGAAAUUAAAGAGGUUGUGGUUACAUUAAUGAAAAAAUCAGAAAAAAAAGAAAAGCCUUUACAUAAAUUAAAUAUGUCACAGCUUGGAGUCGAAGCCAGAGUUAAGACCUAUGAUAUGACUGCUAAAAUGUAUCUCAAAAAAAUUAAUAUGCAAUCUCAUAAUUUCUCAGAUUCUAAAGGAGAACCUGUUUAUAUUAUUAACUCUUGUAAUAUAAGUCAUGAACCACUUCUAAAAAUGGAAUUCAUAAAGGCAGACAGUGAUGGACCAGAAUUUAAAACUAUUCAUAAUAAUACCAAACAAACAGUAAAGGUGUCAUUUUCAUCAUUGGAUUUAGUGCUCCAUUUGGAAUCUUUGCUAUCCAUCAUGGACUUUUUGUCCUCUGCUGUUCCAUCCCAGGGUCUUCCCUCUAAUCAGAAGGGAUAUGAAUUGAAAAUGCCAAUAGAGGAAACUAAAAAAACUGUUGUCAAAGCUGUAUCUGACAUUUCCCAUCAAGAUGUUUUUGAUUUGAAAGUCACUGCACAACUGAAUGCAUUUAAUAUCUUUGUCUGUGAUCAGAAGUGUAACAUUGCAGAUAUUAGAAUAAAAGGAAUGGAUGCAUCUAUUUCUGUGCAGUCGAAGGAGACAGAAGUUUUUGCCAGGCUUAAAGAUAUCAUAGUUACAAAUGCUGAUCCAGUGUCCAUUCAUAAAAAGGCUGUCUCUAUAGUGGGAGAUGAAGUCUUUAGGUUCCAAAUGACUCUUUAUCCAGAUGCCACAGAGGGAAAAGCCUAUACUGACAUGUCUAAAGUAGAUGGUAAACUAAGUCUUAAAGUUGGCUGCAUUCAAAUUGUUUAUCUUCAUAAAUUCUUCAUGUCUCUUCUGAACUUCCUCAACAAUUUCCAGAAAGCUAAAGACGCCCUGAGUACUGCUACAGCCCAGGCUGCAGAGAAGGCUGCUUCUAGUGUGAAAGAUUUUGCUCAAAAGAGUUUCCGUCUUUCCAUGGACAUCAACCUGAAAGCACCAGUUAUUUUUAUCCCUCAGUCUUCAGUAUCCCCUAAUGCUGUUUUAGCAGAUUUAGGUUUAAUCAGAGUUGAAAACAAAUUUAACUUGGUCCCUAUGGAAAAAUCUUCUCUUCCUCCAGUCAUUGAUAACAUGGAUGUACAACUCACUCAGUUGAAGUUGUCAAGAACUAUUUUGCAGACUGAAUCUGCAAUACCUGAUAUUGAAAUUUUGCAACCAGUGAAUAUGCAUUGGUCUAUCCAACGGAACUUAGCAACAGAGUGGUAUACACAAAUCCCUGGUAUAAAGAUAAAAGGAGACCUGAAACCAAUGCAGAUUGCCCUCAGUGAAGAAGAUUUAACCAUUCUAAUGAAAAUUUUAAUGGAAAAUCUUGGAGAAGGAUCUUUACAGCCAAGUUCCUUACAAUCAGAGUGUCCAAGAGUGAAGAUGGAAAUAUCUCAGGAUGGUUCUGAUCAUGAGAGAGGUUCAGUAUUAUGUACUUUUGAACAAGACAUGACAGACUUGAAGAUUUCUGACAGUCAAGAUGUUACUCUUCAAUUUGAUUUUCACUUUGAGUCCCUUUCACUUGUCCUCUAUAACAAUGAUGUAAAUCAGAGUUCCACAGUUUCAUUUCACAGUGACCAUUUACGACUUGGUGAACUCAGGCUACACCUUAUGGCUUCAGCAGGAAAGAUGUUUAAGGAUGGCUCAUUGAAUGUCUCUCUUAAACUUCAGACCUGUACACUUGAUGAUCUCAGAGAAGGUGUUGAAAAAGCUACAUCACGAAUGAUUGAUAAGAAGAAUAGUCAAGAUAAAAGUUCAAUGAUUGAUAUAAAUUACAAGCAAGACAAACAUGGAAGUCAAAUAGAUGCUGUUCUUGACAAGUUGUAUAUCUGUGCCAGUGUGGAGUUUCUAAUGACAGUUGCAGAUUUUUUUAUCAAAGCGAUUCCCCAAAGGUCAACAGUUGGAACUGAAAAAAACUCACAGAUCUUGCUAAGGCAAACUACUUCAGCAAAAAUCAAACUAGAGAAAGAAAGUUCUGGAAGGCCAAAUAUGACUUUAAAAGCAAAAAUAACAGAUCCAGAAGUGGUAUUUGUUGCCAGCUUGGCAAAGGCUGAUGCUCCUGCUCUGACAGCAUCAUUUAAGUGUAACCUUUAUUUAUUGUCUUCAAACCUUGAGCAGAAGAUGGCAGCAUCUGUGAAAGACCUUAAAGUGCUGGCUUGUCCUUUUCUCAGAGAAAAAAGAGGAAAAAAUGUCACUACGGUUUUACAGCCUUGCUCUUUACUUAUGGAAAAACAUGAGCAUGUUUCAAGAGGACAAAAUAUAGAUGUUCUAGUUGAAGAAUUUGUAAUUAAGGUUUCACCAAUAAUUCUCAAUACUGUGAUGACAAUCAUGGCUGCUAUGUCACGAAAGAAAAAAGAUGAUGAUUCAAAAAGUACAUCAGGCAGUACUGAAAACCUCUGGGCUAUCAAGUCUAUUGAUGAUUGUAGUGCUUGGUUUCUUGGCGUUGACAUGGCAACAGAAGUAACUGAAACAUUCAAAGAUCUUGAACAACCUUCAAUAAAGGAGAAUUUUGUUAUGGAUGUAAAAUCUGUUCAAGUUACCUUUGAAUGUGGUUUGGGGCAUCGAACUAUACCUUUAUUAUUGAUUGAGUCCACAUUUUCAGGGAAUUUUAAAAACUGGUCUUCUUUGAUGGCUGCUACUGCUGACAUGACACUUGAGGUUCACUAUUAUAAUGAAAUACAUGCUGUUUGGGAACCUUUGAUUGAGAGAGUAGAAGGGAACAGACAGUGGAAUUUAAAGCUUGAAUUGAAGAAUAACCCAGUCCAGGAUAAAAGUUUGAUGCCUGGAGAUGAUUUUAUUUUUCUUCCUGAGCCACAAACAGCAAUUCACAUUUCUUCAAGAGAUACAAUGAACAUAACGAUAUCCAAAUGCUUCCUCACAGUUUUCAACAACUUAACAAAGGCUUUUUCAGAGGGAACUGCAUCUACUUUUGAUUAUUCUUUAAAAGAUAGGGCUCCCUUCACAGUGAAGAAUGCAUUAGGUAUUCCUAUUAAGGUGCAGCCUAAUUCUAAUCUCCGAGUAAUGGGCUCAACUGUAAAAGAUGAUAUUUAUGAUGUUGAUGUUGAUCAGAUUUUGGAACUGGAAUAUUCUACUUCAGAACCCUUGCAUCGAGGGAAACUGUCUGUGUUGAGCCGUCAAGAAAGUUCUCUCUUUACUCUCACUUUUGUGCCUCAUGGAUACACAGAAGUAGCAAAUAUCCCCAUUAUGCGACCUGGCCGACGGUUAUAUAAUGUGCGAAAUCCUUGUGUUAAUUAUUCUGACUCGACUUUGGUGCAGAUUGAUGCAACAGAAGGGAAUAAAGUGAUUACCCUUCGUUCUUCUUUGCAGAUCAAGAACCAUUUCUCUAUUCCAUUUACCAUCUAUAAAUUUGUCAAGGCUGCUAAGUUAUUGGAACCCAUUGGAAUAGCGAAACCUGAAGAAGAAUUCCAUGUUCCAUUAAAUUCAUAUAGAUGUCAAUUGUUUAUUCAGCCAGCUGGAAUCUUGAAGGGUCAAUUUAAAGAGUCAACAACCUAUAUUUCUUGGAAAGAGGAACUUCAUAGAAGCAAUGAAGUCAGGUGCAUCCUGCAGUGCCCAUCAACUGAAAGGAACUUCCUACCCCUGAUAGUAAACACAGUUGCUAUUCCUGAUGAAUUAAGUUAUAUUUCUACUCAUGGUGAAGAUUGGGAUCCAGCAUACAUUAUUCAUCUUUAUCCAUCUCUAAUUUUGAGGAAUCUUCUUCCAUAUUCUUUAAGAUAUUUACUUGAGGGAGCUGCAGAUACUCAUGAGCUCUCAGAAGGUAGUACUGCUGAUGUUCUUUAUUCAAGAAUAAAUGGAGAAAUAAUGGAAUUAGUCCUGAUGAAAUACCAGGGCAAAAAUUGGAAUGGACAUUUUCGCAUACAAGAUGCCCUCCCCGAAUUCUUUCUUGUUUGCUUCACAUCUGACUCCACAGAAGUGAUGACAGUAGACCUAACAAUACAUGUUAGGAGAAUAGGCUGCCGCAUGAUAUUAUCUGUCUUCAGUCCCUACUGGCUCAUUAAUAAAACUUCUCGUGUCCUUCAGUAUCGUGCAGAGGAUACACAUGUGAAGCAUCCAGCUGACUAUAGGGACAUUAUUUUAUUCUCUUUCAAAAAGAAGAACAUUUUUAGUAAAAAUAAGGUACAGUUAAGAAUUUCAACUAGUACCUGGUCCAAUAGUUUUUCAUUAGAUACAGUUGGAAGUUAUGGCUGUGUAAAAUGUCCUGCCAAUAAUAUGGAAUAUCUGGUUGGAGUUAGCAUCAAAAUGAGCAGUUUUAAUCUUACAAGGAUAGUUACUCUAACUCCUUUCUUUACCAUUGCCAAUAAGUCUUCAUUGGAAUUAGAAGUUGGAGAAAUUGCAGUAGAUGGCUCGUUACCAACAAAUAAAUGGACCUAUAUUGCCACUUCUGAGUGUCUUCCAUUUUGGCCUGAAAAUUUGACAGGCAAACUCUGUGUGCGAGUGGUGGGCUGUGAAGGAUCCUCCAAGCCAUUCUUUUAUAAUCAACAAGAUAAUGGCACUUUAUUGAGCUUAGAAGAACUGAAUGGAGGUAUCUUGGUAGAUGUAAACAUUGCUGAACAUUCAACUGUCAUAAACUUCUCUGAUUACCAUGAAGGAUCUGCACCGGCCCUAAUCAUUAACCACACACCAUGGGAUAUUCUUCAGUAUAAACAGAGUGGAUUACAGGAAGAAAUGGUCUUAUUACCAAGACAAGUACGGCUCUUUGCUUGGGAAGAUCCUACUGGCACCAAAAAACUAACAUGGAAAUAUGCAGAAAAUGUGGGAGAACAUGACCUGUUGAAGGAUGAAUGUGGACAAUUUCCAUAUGAUGCAAAUAUCCAAAUACACUGGGUAUCAUUCCUGGAUGGACGCCAAAGAGUACUGCUUUUUACUGAUGAUGUUGCAUUGGUUUCCAAAGCACGUCAAGCAGAAGAAAUGGAGCAAGCUGAUCAAGAAAUAAAUGUGUCACUUCAUAGUCUUGGACUUUCACUGGUUAACAAUGAAAAUAAACAAGAAAUCUCAUAUAUUGGGAUAACCAGUUCUGAUGUUGUUUGGGAAAUGAAACCAAAACGGAAAUGGAAACCUUUUAGUCAAAAGCAAAUAAUUAUUUUGGAACAGGCCUACCAGAAAUAUCUUCAGUCAAAUGGGCAUGGCUGGAUUAAAUUAGACAGCAAUCUUGAGGUAAAUUUUAGUAAAUCCCCAAUGGAAAUGCGAGUCCCAAUUCGGUGUUCUAUUAAAAGAGAUUUCUUACCAGCUAUUCAUAUUGAACUUAAGCAAUCUCCUCACCAAAGAAGUUUACGGGCCCAGUUGUACUGGCUUCAGGUUGAUAACCAAUUACCAGGUUCAAUGUUCCCAGUUGCAUUUCAUCCUGUAGCCCCUCCAAAGUCCAUUGCUUUGGAUUCAGAACCCAGGCCCUUUAUUGACAUUAGUAUCAUCACAAGAUUUAAUGAAUAUAGUAAAGUGCUGCAAUUCAAGUAUUUUAUGGUUCUUAUCCAAGAAAUGGCCUUGAAAAUUGACCAAGGAUUCUUAGGUGCAAUUCUUGCACUCUUAACACCAGCCACUGACCCUGAAGCUGAAAAGAAAAGGACCAAAUUAAUUCAGCAAGAUAUUGAUGCUCUAAACACUGAAUUAAUGGAAACAUCAAUGACAGACAUAUCAAGUCUCAGUUUCUUUGAACAUUUCCAUAUUUCUCCCAUUAAGUUACAUUUAAGCCUCUCUAUGGGUUCUGGUAGUGAAGAAGAAAAACAGGAAAUGAUUGCAAUUCAUUCUGUCAACCUCCUGUUGAAAAGCAUAGGUGCUACACUGACUGAUGUAGAUGACCUCAUAUUCAAACUUGCAUACUAUGAGAUACAGUACCAGUUCUACAAGAGAGAUCAGCUCAUGUGGAGUGUUGUCAGGCAUUACAGUGAACAGUUUUUGAAGCAGAUGUAUGUCCUUGUAUUGGGUUUAGAUGUACUUGGAAAUCCGUUUGGACUAAUUAGAGGUCUCUCUGAAGGUGUUGAAGCACUCUUCUAUGAACCCUUCCAGGGAGCUGUUCAGGGCCCUGAAGAAUUUGCUGAGGGGUUAGUAAUUGGAGUAAGAAGUCUCUUUGGACACACUGUAGGAGGUGCAGCAGGGGUUGUUUCCCGAAUAACAGGUUCUGUUGGGAAGGGUUUGGCUGCAAUUACAAUGGACAAAGAAUAUCAGCAAAAACGACGUGAAGAGAUGGGUCGCCAGCCUAAAGAUUUUGGAGAUAGCCUGGCCAAAGGAGGAAAAGGCUUCCUAAGGGGAGUUGUAGGUGGUGUGACAGGAAUAAUUACCAAGCCUAUGGAAGGAGCCAAAAAGGAAGGAGCAGCUGGAUUCUUUAAAGGGAUUGGAAAAGGGCUUGUGGGUGCUGUGGCUCGUCCAACUGGUGGCAUCAUUGAUAUGGCCAGCAGUACCUUCCAAGGAAUUCAGAGGGCUGCAGAAUCAACUGAAGAGGUAUCUAGCCUCCGCCCUCCUCGCCUGAUCCAUGAAGAUGGGAUCAUAAGACCAUAUGACAGAAGUGAAUCUGAGGGUCAUGAUUUAUUUGAGCAAGAACUGGAAAUAGAGGAGUAAAAAUUUCCCAUACUACUACUUGGUCUCAUCUUUAAAAAAAUAUACUGUGGUAUUAAUUUAUUGUCUUUGGAGUAUUUAGAUUGAGGGUCAAUUUCAUGAAAUGUUCUUUAGACCCUUAAUUUCAGGUGAACUUUUAAAUAUUAUAGAAAGGUAUUUGAUGCACCAAAUACAAAAUGUUAGCAUUCAUGGUAUUCUUUCUGUCAUAAAGGGUAACACUAAGAAAUGGUUUUGAAAUACAGAAAGAUGCAGCAAAUAAUUUAUACUAUUUGAUUAGUUGGAGAAAGGCCUUGUUGACAUUUCAAAAGAAUAUGCUUUUCUUUUCACAUUUUGUAUUUUCAGUUUUUCUAAUAUUUUUUCAUGUGGGCACUAUGAAACUCAAAUGUAGAAAAUACAAAUCAGUGGAAUUGUUUCAUUUCUGCUAAUUCUAAAAUAUUAACACUUUCAUUACACAGCUUUUUUCCCCUGCGAAUGCUUUAGGUUUUGUUGCGAUAUAGUUAAGUCUUCUUGGGCACCUAUAGUAAUAGUAAAAGGCUGAUAAAUUAUAGAGCAAUUGUAUUGAGGAUUUAAGACAAUUGGCUAAAAGAUGAAUUUUCACCCUUCUUUUGCACAAGCCUUUUCAAAAUGGACUCAAAUUUUCAUAGAGUAUUAUUUCAUUCUCUUUGGUCUUGAUUAUCGUAACUGGAUAUAUUACUCCAUUUAAGAAAAAUGUUUAAGUAAUACCUUUAUAUACACAAUUAUCUAUGCCUUACAAAUCAACUAUGGGCUUUUAAAUUAGGCCACAUUAAUUUUAGAGAAAUUUAUUCUCUUGCCUUAUACAUAUAGUUCCUCACAAUUUAUGAGUUAAUACUCUUAUGAAAAUUAAUAUUCAACAACAGGGAAAUCUGGUUGUGGUAUUUCUUCAAGCAUUCAUGUGACAUGAUCCAAUCCUACUACUAUUCAGUCUUCUAAUAAAAAUCAGGAGAGAAGUUGUUGGCUUUGAACCACACAGCUUUGCUGUAUUGCACUGCAAUUUUCCAUACAAUGUUAUUGUCCAGAAAAUGAGACAGUCUCUCCUCCAGCAUCCAGAGUGCUUUCCCAAAUUAAAAAAUUAAACUGAAAUUUCAAAUUAAUAUUAAUAUAAGAUGUAGUACCUCUAUGCAUAAUGGGCAUUAGCAUCUGAACUCUGCUUGGAUUAUGUGGUUUUUUUUUUUUAAUAAGAGAGUUGCCCAGAGAGAGGAAAUAAAAAAGCUCUUGUAUGCUUUAAGGCUUGGGAAACAGCUUUGUACAUAGAGUUUUCUAUGGAAUAAUGAAUACAAAUUAGAGCUAUAGUCUUAAAUCAUCCAUAAAUUGCCCUUUUUAAGAUAAAACUAAUAUUUUCUUUUCUACAGUAUACUGAAAUGUUAAUGGACUUUAAUUUCAGAGUUCCUUUGCUUAUAUGAUGUUUUUACCAUAAUAUUUACAAAGUACUUUCAAUAAUCUUUAUAUUAAUACAUAUUGUCUUGUAUUUUCCUUCUUUACAUGAGUGAUUAAUAAAUACAUAACCCAGAAACACUUUUUAAAAAAUUCUAGGUAAAUAGAUGUACAUUCUUGGUUGAUUUGUUAUUGGGCUUGUUACUUUUAUUCAUUAGUAAUGUAUUAUUUACUCCCAAGUAAUAUUGAUAUCAUUCUAAAAUCUAGAAUACCAUAAGUUCCCUUACAUUAUAUAAACAGGAAGUAGACUUGAUAGCUUCAUUCAAGCUUGUCUCCUAGGCAAACUAGAAUGUCCUCUUGCUCACUCUAUAAUAAUCAGCCAGACAGCAAGUAUUUAUUGAGUACCUACCUAUAUGUCCUGACUUAUAGUUAAUACCAAAGGCAAUAUACAUAACAAGUACUGCACAUGGUUUCUGCCCUUAGAGGAUUUACAGUCUAAUAAAACUAACAUGAAUUAAGCAACUAAAGUACAAAUAAACCAUAACAGUAUGGUAUUGACUCUAAGUUCAAUAGGUAGUUUACUAGCCAUUUUUUAGAUAUUUCUCAUGAUUUUCAUGUCCUUUUUUCUUCCCAAGAUGAUUUUGCUUAGUGAGAAUGAUUAAUUUCACUUCGGUAUGUUUUAAAUCUUGUUACAUAUUUUAAUUGAAUUUUAGUAAAAUAAAUUCUUCCAAACUACUCUCUGCCCUCUUGGGAUGAAAAUGAAAAAAGGUCUGGAUAUUAGUUAUUUUAGCAUUUUUCUGGCCUUUCUCCUACCAGCAAUUGAAAUAUCUAAGUAUUGUAGAACUUUUUUAAUAGUUAAAUUUUCUUUUUCCAUUUAACACCCAUUUAAUUUCUUUCUCUCAUUUUUCCUUUCUCCUUCCCCUGAAAUGGAAAAGAAAAAUAAAGAAAAACCCUUGUAACAUACAUGACUACUGAGGAAAAUAAAUUCUCACAUUGGCCUGUGAAAUUUAUUAAAGUAGAAAGGAAAUGGGUUUCUGUUUUGAAUAUAAUAUUAUAUGCUUUAAAAUAAUAUUUAAAAGUUUGCUUGUUAAGCUAAACUACCAAUAUAAAAGUUGGACUAGUAAAUUGUAUUUAUGGUUAUAAGCUAGAAUAUGGUUAGAAUUUAAUAUAUAUUGUUUGAAUGUAACAAACAUAUUAAUUUGUAUUUCAAAUCCAGAAAAUAUAACUUAUCCAUUCAGGAAAAUUAUCACAAAUGUAAUUAUCCAAAGUUGAUAUUCAAGUAAAUUCCUAAUUCAGACUAUUAAUUUUACAAUUAUAUCCCAAUUUGAGACCAAUUUUCUGAAAAUGAAUCACCCUCCUUCCUGGCUGGUGCUUUGGAUUUUCCAAGGAUAAGUUUGGACCCGGCAUCUGAAGAACCGUUAUUUAGGAAAGGGCAUAAGAACAGAGUAAUUCUGCUACCUUUGUAUAUAGCAUGUUUCUAUGAUAUUAAAGUUAUGCUACUUGUCUACAAAUUGUUAAACUUAUUUGCUAGUUAAUGACACAUUCUAUGUAUUUUGAAAUCACUUACCUCACAUUAUUUUCAUAAUAGAUGUCUAAAUACUGAGUAAUAACCUCAGUGAAAACUUGAUUAUUGAAAUGACCAAUUUUGUCAGUUUUUCAUGUGACUAUACAUAUACUACAUGUAAAAAUGACUUUGAAAGAGUCUAGAAGAAUGUAUUUCUAGUUUAUUGUUUCUAUUUGGAUUGUCUUGUGUUUAUAGUUGGGUUUAGCAACAAAUUAUGUUAACUGUUUUGAAUUGUUAGAAAUUCUGUGUCCUCAAUAAUAUUGUCAUUGUACUUUUUAUCUGAAAUAAAAUUUAAGAGAUAGAUACAAUACUGCCUAUGUAUGAUCUACAAAUAUAUCUGUUAUUUUAUAAUAAAGUAUUAAUUAUAUGUUGCCUUUUCUCCUUAUGAGGGAAAAAAAUCUCCAGAUAUAGCCAUUUCCCUGGUGUUUGUAAAUAUAAUGCAAUAGUGCUUCCUGUUUAUAGUUUUGUUGUUAUACAUUUUGCAUUUAAUUACCCCUUUAAAAACAGUUUUGUCAUUUAUUCAAGCUGAAUAAAAUAUAUUUUAGUUGAAA